AAUAGUAACUAGUCUGCAAUGCACAUACGUACGUGUACACGCAUUGCAAAGAAAGAAACAAAGUGGAUUAUUUUCCUGCCCUUUGUUUAUUAAAUAUUCACCAUCCUUGAUCCAAUUUAAAAAACCUUUACCCGACAUUUCUAUGUGAACCCCCGCAAGUGCGCGAAGCCUCCUAUUGGAUUAGUUCGCGUCGUUUGUGUACUGUUAGUAAAGAUUGGUAUCGUGAUGCAAACGCACGGGAACUUGACAGCGAGCUACUUGUGGCAGCCGGGCGAGUUUGCACGCCGGAUGCUAGGAGAGCGGCCGUCGCCCGUCCCACCGACGAGGGAGCUGUGGCCUCCUCCGCAACAACCGUUGAGCAUUAGCACCCUACAUAUCGCGUAUUUGCAAGAUGAGCCAUUACCAAGGCGAGCAGCUACACUACCUUGUCAAACUUUCCCAGCAACAAUUCACUCCGAACAUGAAUACAGCAGGCCACGAGUGUGUACCGUUGGAACGAAUACCGAACCACCACCGACAAUACUCACCAGGAUGAGGCAGCUCAUGAAACGCCAAGACGACGAGCACGACAAAACGAUUGUCGCAAGCUGUCCACCAACCGGACGUUUGACUGCCGUACCUAGGGAAACCACUUUCGAUAUCAAAGACGAUGAAAAUUCGGCACGGCGUGCACUUAAUGGAAUAAAGAAGGCUAUAUCAGGAAUGAAAUAUCGAGUGGCUCCAGGAUCCGAAGCUGUAGACAGCCCUAAAAUUGUUUAUCACGUGCCUAAGCCCGGAGACAGAAUGACUACGACAUUUGGAGCCGAAGAAAAUAAACGCAGGUGGUGUAAACUGCCGUCACGUACAUCGUGUUCCCGUCGGCUACGAGCUUUCAGUGAGUGGUGCAGACAUCGCCCUCGACGUCCUCCCAGACGGCAACCCCAGCCACCUCGACUACAAAUCACGCAGGUGAUCGCGCUAAUAUGCGGUUUGCUGGUGGUGAUCCUGAUGGUGUUAGGACUGGCGUCGGCCGACUGGCUGAUGGCAGCGGGGUGGAGGCAAGGCCUGUUCAUGCACUGCAUAGACCCUGAGGCGCCCACGCCGCUGCCUUUCGACAUUACUGCACAACCCGGCUGCUAUGCUGCAAGACCCGCGCCAUAUAUUAAGGCGGCGGCGGGUCUGUGCGUGGCGACGUUAGCGGCGGACGUGUGCGGCGCGUUGCUGACAGGGCUCGGCCUGCGCUCCGCCGACCACAGGACCAAGUUCCGAUAUUAUCGGUUCGCGGUACUCGCCAUGUCGCUAGCAUUAAUGUGCAUUUUAAUAGCAUUAGUCAUCUACCCAGUCUGCUUCGCUGCGGAGCUAAAUCUGGGCAAUAGGUCGGUGUGGGAGUUCGGGUGGGCGUACGGCGUGGGCUGGGGCGCCGCCAUCUUCCUGUUCGGCGCGGUGGUGCUGCUGCUGUGCGACAAGGAGAGCGAGGAGCUGUACUACAAGGAGCGCAAGGUGGUGGCGGCGGCGCCGGAGCCGCGCCCCUAGGGCCGCGGGCGCCUGCCCGACCUGGUGCCGUGAGGGCGCUAGCGCCCCGCGGCCCGCGCCCGCCGCGCGCUGGCUCUAGUGCCGCCGUCUGAUGCAGCCCGCACCACGCGCCCUGACUACUCUUAACUCAAAAUAUCAUAGUACUUGGCCUGAUCCAAAUUGUUGCUGUCGUAUGCGACUCCCGCGAGAUGUUUACUAUAAUACUCAACAUAUUAUUGUAAAGCGAUAAUAGCAUAUUGUAUCUUGUUUUGGCUACUUCCAGUGUAAGUGCUAUGAUUGUUUUGUAGACCGUUUAAUUUUUGUUUUAAUUUACUUAGUAGUUUCUAUAGUCUUACCUCGGUUGUUUUAUUUUUUCUUUUUAUAAUUUAGUGGCAUUGUGUUGAUCUUAUUUUGUAUCGGUUAGUGCGAUAAAACUAUAAAGAAGAUCUGAAAAACGGACAAUUGAAUCUACUUAACAAAGUGAAAGUCGCCUUUUCAAGGAUAUAUUUUGUGAUUUUUUUUUAUUAGUAAGUGUAGCGUGAUAUGUUUCGGCAGCCGGUUGUCGAUCCUCGGCGCAGCUCGCUCCCGCGAUGGGCGGAACACAUUCAGAUAUCUGUGUGUACUGGCGUACCUCGAAUGUAAUCCGUUCCAAAGAGCGCAACUCGUUAUUUAUUCGCUUUAAUUUAUUCGUUAAGGUUAAGUUGUGUAGAUAUGGUUUGGUGAGGUCGUAGGGCUUGUGUUGCAUCCGGCGGCGCAGUGCAGCGCGGCCGGGCCCCGGGCAGGCGACCGUUACUGCGGCUUGUGCGGACUCGUGGCGGCCGGCCCUGUGCCCGUCGCCACACCAAGGACUAUAUACCUACUGAGAUAUUUAAAGGAAUUAAAUAUAUGUUUUUAUUAAAGUUACCCUUUAGUAUGAUACACUUCAUAUUAUUGAAAAACUAUUUUAUUAAUGAUUAUAUAAAUAGGAAUCAUGUCUGUCUAUGUACACGGUUCAUAAUAACUUACUCGAGAUUAAUUUCUAAUUUGUUAGUGAUGUCUAGAAUCUCGUAUUCCUUUUACUAUUUCGUGAAUCUCGGAAUUGAAAUUAUUUAAAAUUAUAUUUUCUUAAUAUUUAUGCAAAAGUAAAGGAACAAUUAAUUGACGAUUAACUUGAUAAUUAAUAAGUAGCUGUAAAUGUGUAAGUUUAAUAUAUGUGGACAUUGUUAUAAUGGCACGCCAUGUGUUUAUCUAACUUUGUGAAAUCAAAACGGUGUUUAUAAAUAUCGAAUGUUCUUGGUCUUGGCUUUAAUUUCGUGUAAUUUUGAGUUGUGUGAGAGAAUAUUCAAGUGUUAUACCUACGUAUAGCUUAUUUUUUUAUUACUCAAUCGAAACUGACAUUGUAUCUUACCUACUUUGUACAGAAUCGCUGAUUAUUCGAAUAUACUAUUUUAAAUCCACGAAUUUUGCAAUUAUAAAGCAUAAUAAAAUUAUUCAUUUAAACGUAAAAUGAUGCCUCAACCUAUUAUUUAGUUAUAGGAUUUUUUAUUGUGAUAAUGAAGCAGCUAUUUGUAAUCGUUGAUGUGAUCGAUUGAGGCUUUGCAUUGUGAUUCCAUAUUGUGAGCGCAGCUUAUGCGCUUUGACAUAAAUAAAUUGUCUACGAAGUUUCACUGUUAAUAGUAAAAAUAAAAUUAUGCUCCAAACUUCCAAUUAAAUGUACGUAGCUCACCCGAAACUUCAUUCGCGAAGCCCGUUCAUUCGCUCUUAGUCACUACUUUAUAAGUAACUCGCAAAUAAUGUCUACUUAAACCUAUGAGUAGCAUGAAAAAUUUCUAAAUCUCCUUUACCUAAGUUUCGGUUUCUAUACUUUAUUGUUUACACACUAAGCUUUACUUUAGAAUUAUAUCAGAUUUUUGUUAAGUACAAGGCUAAAUUAGAUCUUAAGUUUGUGGAAGGCAACUAAUGUUGUAAUCAUCAUAAAUAUCAAUAAAUCACACUGCCAUGAACUCUAUGAUAUAAACUUACAUUUUAUUUGUAAGUCGUAUUAAUUUUAUUGUAGUUAUAAUGAAUAACAUUAAAUUAUUUAAAUUUCCUAACGUAAGUGUACAUUUUACAUAGAGAAGACAACCCCUUUGUAAUUGAUAUUGAAUGACAUUAGCUACAUAAUUUUAUGCACCUCCAACGGUACCUUGGACACACUGGUUUAUCUUUGCAAAGAAAAAUACGAAUUUUAUUAUAUCAAUAGAAUAUUCAAUAGUCUAUAAAUGAAAUAAGUUUUUUUUAAACAAAUGUAUAAAUUUUACCCAUGUAACACUGAUCUAAAAGUCCUAUGAAAUUUUAAUUAAUUGAAUACCUACUCACAGUUGUCCAAGACCAUCAGUUAAAAUUUUAUAUUUCCUUAGCCAAAUUAUGAGUCAUAUCAAAUGAGAUUGAAUAAAGUAAAUAGUACCUAAA